CGAUAGUGCUGACUCUAUGGAGUGCACAAACUCCCUAUUUAUCGCCGCAGUCUAAAUUCGUCUGGUGUGUACACACACUGCGUUCCUUGGGCUGUCAUUGGAGGCAUCGCGACCGCAGGCGCUGCCGAUAAGCGGUGAAGCCCCGGCAGGAAGUCUGGAACGUCGGCGGCCGCCGCGGUGCCUGAGCCCCCGACUGAGCCAGCCCCGGCCAGACGUCGCCGCCUCGGAGACGGCCCUACCCGCGCCUGACAAGUCUCGCCAGUGCGGCCCUGUCGACGCGACAAAGAGGAAGGUAAGCACUGUAAUCACACCAUGGGCGGUUUUUGGUCCUCGUUCUUCAACGAUGAAGAAAGUAGAAAGGCACUUACCGAUAUCCUGAAAUGCAACUACAGUUUCACGCAGAAACUCUAUCAAGCGAUAUCAGCGGAGUGCGAGGGCGACGUGUGCUUCGCCCCGCCGCUGCUGCAGCACGGGCUGGCGUCGCUGCUGGCCGGCGCGUCGGAGGGCAGUUUCGAGGAGCUGGCGCGGCUGCUGCAGACGCCCGCCGACCGCUACCUCACGGAGCGCGGCUACUGCGCGCUCCACGACCACCUGCACGGAAUGAAAGAUGUGACAUUAGCUACAGCUUUGAGAAUUUAUACUCCAGAUACAAUGAGACUGAUGAAGGACUGGUACAUCACUUCACAUAAAAAUUACUCAAUCUGUAUUAAAUCCAUUAAUGUCUCAAAACCUCAUGAAGAAUUACGUACAUCAAUCAACGAUUGGAUUAGGUCUAAAACAAAGAAUCGAAUUGAUCAGUUGAUACCAGAUGCAUCUGUAAAUGCAACUUUACAGUUGCUACUGAUAUGUGCUGCCUAUUUUCGAUGUGAUCUGGAACAUCCUUUUAGUGCUGUUUACACCACCAAUGAUCUCUUCUAUGUCAGUGAAGAAGAGACUAGAACAGUGAAGUUGAUGCAUCAAAUUAAUACAUAUCGUUAUGCUGAGUUUGACAAUCUGCAAUGUCAAGCUGUGGAAAUACCCUAUAAGGUUGGACUUUCUACUAUCCUCAGUCAUACUCAAAGGCCCUUAACAAAAAUAUCACAGGAAGAUCCCCCAGUGACACUCACACAAUUUAAUCAUAUGUUAUUUUUUGAAUUUAUGGAAGACAUCAGUGAAACUGCAUCUGCAGGGCUUAAAAAACCAAUUGCAGAUCCUGACACAGUUGUCUUCAGAGCAGAUCAUCCUUUCAUUUUUGCUGUUAUAGAUAUUUCUUUGAACAUGAUUCUGGUUUUUGGGCGUGUCAACUGUUUAACUCGUUUCACUACUCCUGUAUUCCAAAAGUUUGCUCUCGAUCAGUUGGAGGAACAGAAGCAACAAUAUUUAGAGGAUCAAGUGCAGCUCACAGCUGACCAAGAAGUUUCAGGAGAUGCAGCAAUUGCUUCUGUUUCCGAGACAGAAUCAGAAAUUGAAAUAGAGGACGGUGAAAAUGGAAAUUGUUCUUCACAAGUCAGAUUCCAUUCAAAACUGGUUACUUCAUCAGAGUAAAGUCCUAAAAAAAUAAACUAAAACUUGAAUCUCUUAUUAUAAUGAAAAUUAAAAAUUAAUCCAGCUGUUUAUGUAAGUUAAAUCUGAAGCGUACUCAAAAAUAAAUUUUUUGCAUUUUAUUUAAAAAAACUCUUGUCUGAUGUCAAUAUACAGAAAGUACAAAUAAAUUUUCACAUCAUAAAGAAGUAUUCUUAUAUAUUUAUUGUAUUGUUCAAUAUAUUGUUAUUUUUAAUAGUAUUUGAAUAAAAGAUUUUGUGUCAAAUAAUAAAAAGCAAAAGUUUAUUCAGAAAACUCAAAAUAAUACACACAAUAAUAAAUACUAUUUUUCAAUCAUCAUAUGUUUCCUUUCUUUCCAUUACACAUUAUAUACGAACUAUGAUAAUCAUAAUCUUCAAAUUGUAAUAUUAAAAGCACCAGUUUUCAUCAACUCUGACAUUUCAGUAUUAAAUAUAAAAUACUUCUUAAAAACUAUUUACAAGUUACUAUUUACCAACUCAAGAUCAAUACAAUUAUUAACAUCCUGAAUAAUGUAACAAAUAAUUUCUUUUAUUUUCCAAUAUGUACUUUUGAGUUACAAAAAUUAAUACUCCACUUGAGAUUACCUUAUUAGGUUUUCCAGAGUUUUUAAACAAAACAAGAACCAUAUAAAGGUAUUUAAAGAAAUUGUAUUCAUUUUCACAUCCAUUUAUAGGCAGGAAGAAGUAACAUUUAAAAUCAAAUAAUUUACAAGUUUCACAAAAAAUUCUACAGAAUAAAAUAUGAUCCCUACCCUUUUUCUUUUUUUAUUUUUUUUUUUAAAUACAGUUACAACUCAAAAACAAUUAAUUUCUUCAACUUUUGUAGAUUAGAAAGUCAACCACGACAAUCUCUAACUUUUCUUGAAGCAUUCUUCAAGAUGUUAUCAGUAAAUUAUCUGUAACUUCUGUUACUUUGUUUGAUCAAUUACUGUUCAAAGCAUAUUCAAUACUUCUUGUAUUUUCCAUUUCAAUUCAAGUCCGACAUAUUUUUGAGAAACAAAACAAAUUAAAUUGUUUCUGUUGUGAUUGAUUAAAAAAACCGACAAAAAUAUAACUUGGUUGAAUUUCCAAUUAUCAUCACAUAAGGAAGGGAAACAAAAAAAAUUCAACAACUUAGAAUCAUUAUCACAAAACAUUUUACAUAAAUUACAAAAUAAAUUGUCUCUCUUUAUUGUCACUACGACUGUUCCGCUUUCUGACCGGACAUAAACCAACCAGUCCUCUACAAGUGCAGCUGUUUUACGUAUCGACACAAACAAUCGAUAUUGAACAUCUUGUAAAAGGACUUCAAUCUUGUGGAAUUAAUUAUGGGCUUAGUACCAAAAAGGUGUAUAAGCUCCAGCUUCAUAAGAAAAAAACUUUUUAUUCACAUUUUAAACAACCACAAUCUGCAUACAACUAUGAGCUCCAGCAUACACAGAAGGAUAGAAAAUGUAUGAAUUUCGUGAGUCAUGGGGUGUAACUGGAGAAAGUUGUAGGGCAGCAGUCUGCAGAAACCAGAAGCAGAGACAAUUUGAGAGAAGGAAAUUUGAAAACUUCAUUCACAUACUUUUAUUGCUUGGCCCUCAUAUUACAAAGAAUCUUCU